CCCCCCCCCAAAAAAAAAACCACAAAACAAAAAAGGAAAAAAAUUUAGGUGGCAGUGUGAGCCACGCAGGCACAAAACGCAAUUGUCGGCAGGAACGGGCAACACAUUUCAUCCUACAUCAGGACGUGUCCAAUCCCCCUGUGCAGGUCUUGCCUGCACAGGCUUCUUUUAACUUUCUUCUCUUCCCCUCCCUCUGACUCCUUUUCAGCUCUGCGUCAACCUUCCCUCAAGGUCCAAUGCAGGUGACUGCCCUCGGAAGUUGGAACGCACCUUGCAACCUCGCUACCGCCGACCUCGCUCAGGUUACCUCCAAUGUGGCUGCAGACAAGCAUAAAAAGAGCGCCUGUUCCCCCCCUCGCCUUGCUAGUCACUAACAUCAUUGACCAACCUCCACAGCAUCUCCCAACCCGCGUUCCCAACCCGCAAUCAUUCUGCACAAUCAACGAAAUACUGAUCCUCAAGCCUUACAUCUACUUUUCUCGACCUACCUACCUUUCUCGACCUGCAACUUCAUUUUACCGCAUCCCAGUAUCGGGCGUACACUACCACGACUGUCCCAGCCGACACCCCUCCAUUCAAGCCCAGAUUUACCUCACCAUGGCAUAUAAAAGGCUUUGUGUCAUGGAGCCCAAGUAUUCUCCCGCCAACGUGCCAGACCUCACGGACAAGGCGCCGACGGAUGGGCCGUGGCAUUCUUCGUGCGAAGGAAUUCCGUACACGUUGUCCGAGAAAUGGGGUCCACCGCCUGUUGCAGCUGCCAGAGCCACGAUGCAAAUCGAAGUUACAGGGGAGAAUGCGAGCCUUAUCCGAACAUACCAUCCUGCCUUCACUCGCCAUAGAGCCAACUUUGUCGGCAUCUCGACUGAGAGGGGUGACGGUCGUCGAAUAUGGAUUAUACAUGAUACCUACAGCUCUUGUCUAUACACUCACGUUGCCGGCCUUGAGGUACAUCAUCUUCCGGAUCCCAAUCACGGGCUUGUGAGCAAUUACUUCUUGGUCACUCCUUGUCGGAAACCCGACAUGAUCGGGCAUACCAUCAAUCCACGACGCCUGUUGUCUCAAGCCGACCUAGACAAGCUCAGGUGCAUGUACCCCAUGUCCUGCGGCGUUCGAGUAUGGAUUGGAGGCGCCAUUCAAGUGUUGUACACAAACGCCCUCAAAAUUAUCCAGGAUGUCCACAGCGGUGUUUGUCACGAGAUAGGGGGUACCACUCCAUUGUGUAGCUUUCCAUAUUGGGACAUUCUCAACAUUCGACCCUCUGCAAGAACUUUGGAACCUGGCCAGGCUGUGGCGCCAUCGCCCAGCUUCGAUCCCUCAUCGUCGCCUGUGGCCAGCAUAGGUCUUCGGUUGCGGUUGCCGGACGGAAGGCCUGCCUUGACCACAGUAACGCACAAUUUUGUCCGCCGUCCUGCUGCUCGAAAGUCCUACCGAGAACUGGCCGUCGACACGUUCUGGACGGUCAAAGAUCGCCUUCUGAAGUUCAGAGUCCCUGCCCAGCAAAGACCUUACGAAAGGCCCUACGUUCGCUCGAGAGAAGUGCCAACCUCCAAUGAGCCUCUCGACCAGGGCGUAUGGUUGGCGAAUACAAACCAACGCAUCGGUACGAUCGAAAUGACGUUUGAUUCCCCGAGUCAGAGCGAACCGUACCCCAUGGGCUACGGGCAUGACUUGUCAUUGGUACUGAGAUCGAUCGAGCACGAAGACCCAGAGCUCCCCCAAGUGGCUUUUCCACCCGGCUAUCCGGUCAUCGAGGACUGGGCUCGGUGUAAUCCUCUCGACGGUCAACCCAUGUUCGUCAUGUCGAGCUGGCUCGAAUCCGGCAAAUCCGGCCGCCGGGUCCUUCAUGGUUCACCGCUGGAUGCAGAAGCUCGGACAGAAUUGCAAUCCGACAUCAAACGAGCAAUAGCCGAGGGUACUCAGUACCUUUGGGACCCGGAGACCUCAAGCCAGUCUGUUUCGCUCCUUUGGCGUUGCGUGCCAGUCAGAGAGUCCAUGACUGAGCCCUACAACGACGAAGCAGCAAAGAAAACCGCCAAGAAAGCCGCCGAGGUACAAUCGGCCAAGGGCUUCUCUAGAAGCGUCCUCUGCACCGGUGCACCGAGCGACAAAACCACAAAGGCUAUCCUGUUCCAAAACUUCGAGUUCGGUUGGCCGAGAUUGCCAGUCCCAGGAGAAGUCAUAUCCGAAAGCGGUAUUGCAGGGCUUACGUUUGGAGAAGGACUUGAAAUCAUCAAGGGAGGCUUUUUUUUGCCGAGUUACAUCCGAGACGAGUGUACGAUUGACAGCAAUGGCGGUGCCGAAGGGGUUCGCAAUUAUCAUUCUCUGCCUGGUCGUGGCAGCUGUCGCAGCUCUUCGGAUCAUGGUCGUCGCUGUUUCUCGGGGCCUAAAUAAGGAUCACUAGCCAACUAAGAAGUUUUUGGGGAAGGCUGCCUAGAAGCCAAGAGUGUUUUUAGUCGCUUAGUGUAACAAGUCGAUCAUUAGAAUAAGAGUCAACAACCUGAGUCUUGACAGUCUCCGCAAUGAUCCGUUGAACUUGGAUUCGAGGGUGUGUGCACGGCCUACACUAGUGAAUUGAGG